AUGUAUGUAUCAUGUGAUUUCAGCCACCUGAAAGUUACCUGCAACAUGGCAUACAACAGAGCAGGAGCUGGACCCCGCAGUCAGCAGCUUGUUGCUUCAACUGAUGAAGAUGUGCCUGGAGCUCCUCCAACUGAUGUGCAAUGCACUGCAUUAUCGGCAUAUAGCAUUCUGGUUCUGUGGUCACCACCCCCUGAGACAGAAAUAAAUGGAAUUCUUCUGGGUUAUCGAGUCAUGUACCAUGCUCUCUCGAACUGGGAUGAUAUGUUCACUGUGGAUGAACAAACAACAAUAGAAAACAAGAUUGAAUUAUUGGAUCUCGCGCCUUUCUGUAACUACAGCAUAGAAGUGAAAGCCUUCACACGGAAGGGUGAUGGAGUUGCUAGCCGUCCAAUCUUUUGCAGAACACAGGAAGAUGUUCCAGGUGAACCAGAGGACAUUAAGGCGCUGGUUAUGGACUCAAGAACAAUACUUCUCUCUUGGAGGCCUCCUCGAUAUCCAAAUGGAAGAAUCAAGAAGUACAAAGUAUACAUACGGUCCGUAGAUGGUGUCGGUAUGGUACGUAUCUAG